AUGGUCAUACUCAGCCAGCGAAUCCAUUUUUUCGAAAUAAAUGAUGAGGCUUGGUUUCCUCAGUUCCUCCGAGAGCACGUCCAAAGCUGUUUGAAUAGAUUCUGGAUAUUCAAAGUCCCUCUACUACAGAGCUCUUCGCCGGCGCAGUUGGUAGCAAGUACCCUCUAUCGAGUUAUUGGCAUGGACAUAAGGAACUAUACCAUUGUCGACUUCUGCGCCGGUGCAGGAGGACCAACGCCCGUCAUAGAGCAUGAUCUAAAUAAAAAACUAGAUUCAGCCUCUCGCGAAUCACACGGCAAUAGUCAAGAUGCUAACGAUGGCCAAGAUGUCCAAUUUGUACUAACAGAUCUUCAUCCCCACAUCCAAGCAUGGACCAAGAUUUCCAAGCGCAGUAAGAAUAUAACUUAUGUUUCCGAACCCGUUGAUGCGACAAAUGCACCUGCAACCUUGACGGGAACGCAGGGCAAGAAAGUCUUCCGAAUGUAUAAUCUUGGAUUCCAUCACUUUGACGAUGCACUAGCUUCGCAAAUAUUACGGAAUACCCUUGAAAACUCUGAUGGAUUCGGUAUCUUCGAGUUACAAGACAGAACUUUCUCGUCCCUGAUAAUGAUGAUCGGCCUCGGGCUUCUGCUAAGUCUUAUUACCCCAUUUUACUUUUGGCGGUCACCAAGCCAUCUACUGUUCACCUAUAUUAUUCCCAUAAUCCCUUUUGUUGUUGUAUUCGACGGGUAUAUUUCGGCCUUGCGUACGCGUACCCCCGAGGAAGUCGAGACCUUACUGAGGGGAUGUGGUGUAUCUCUAGAUGAUUGGAAACUACUAAGUGGGACUGAACAACAUACAUGGCCUAUAGGUAAUAUGUCAUGGGUGAUUGCCCUCAAGCGAUAG